AGGGCCUUGAGUCCCAAAGGCUGCCAACCUCCCCGCCGCUAGGUCCCCGCUGGGCUCUCCUACCAACCUAGGACCCACCCCAGACGAAAGGGAGAGUGGGGAACCCCCAGUUCUGUUCCCCCAAAUCCUUACAUGCCCCCGCCCCACUAGUAUUCAGGUCUCUUUCGCCCACCGCCACCUGAACCACCACACGCAGGGCCCAGCUGCACACGCGUGUCCCGCUCCAGACCCCACGCGUGUCCCUAGGAGGCUGCCACAUGACCUGUUACAUGCCACACGCGCUCCCGCCCCCACGAGCACGCGGCCACGCAAAGCACACGGUACGAGUGGAGACCGGACCCGCCCCCUGGAUCCAGGAGACCAGCUAUGGAAGGGACAUCGGGGGAACACCGUCUUGAACCCUUCGGGGUUCCAUGACUCAGACCCAGGAGUCCUAAUCCUGACCACACACCCGGAGCGCGGAGGAAGGAUAAAUCAGACUUCAGGAAGAACUUCCUGGCUGCCUAGAUCCUUCUUCCAAACUACUCUUUCCCCAAGCAAGAUAAGGAUGAGGAUGCAAGCCCCUCACCCAACUUCACCCUCUUUUGGCCCCUUCCUGGGCUGACUUCUCCCUUCUCGCUACGUGGAGGAGUAAGGGCUUCUGGGAAAACUAGGAUGUCUGGAGGCACCCCAAACCCCGAUGACAUAACGGAUGGAAAGCAGUUCUCGUUCCGAAGAAGCGGCUGAAGUUUGUCCACGAGUGCGCGGUCAAGAUCGGUGCAACGGCCCUCGAGUCCUUUACACGCCCCCACACCACCUCGGACAUUGGAGGAAAACUGGGCUUUCCCAGGGCGGAGUAUGGGGUUAGGGCCUGGGGGCGCCGUGAACGGGAAUCCCAGUGGCUCAGUUCGGAGCUCUGCGGAGUCACUACCCUACAGUGAGCACCGCCCCUACAAUCUACAAUGAACCCAAGGAAUGUGAGAAGCAGUACCCUUGGUGGGCUGCACCCAGCACGGAUUCCUCUGGGGGUUAUGGAAGGUGGAGGCCCAGCUGGAUCUGUAGUUCUUUUGAGAAACCCCACCCCUGUGUCUCUUUCCUUGGGCAAAAACGUCCGCGAUGUCUUCAAGUGGAAGGGGAUAAAUUAGGAUAGUUCUUUACUCCGUAAUUCACCAGGAAUGGGGUCGAGCCAGUUUGCUAGAUAAAAAGAAAUAUUCCACCGUUGCCUCGUUUAUUUAUUCGUUCUUUCAGCAAUUUACUCAUUGAGCACUUUCUGCGGUUUUAGACAGUAAGGUCUUGGGCAGUUUUCUCCUAUUUUCCAAAGGCGCUAAAAGCCACCAAAGGACAGAGGGAGGCCCUCCGCAACCUAGGAGCUCUGGCUCCGCCCAUUCUGCCCCUGGCCUUGCCUACUCCUCCUAUCACCACUUCACUCAGAAACAGCUACCGGCCCAUGACGAAGACAGAAACCGGUCUUGGCUCACCGCUCCUCCAGCCUCGGGCUUCGAGCCCUGUAGCUGAGAAGGCGAGAUCUCAUGACCAAGGAGGCGGGCUCACUGCAGCCGCUUCAAGGCCAAAGCGAGAUCUUACUGCGCACGCGCAGCAGCCCGUCGAUGGAGCCACCAAUGGAGCCGUCCGGAGGGGAGCAAGAACCCGGAGCCGUCAGGCUCCUUGACCUGCCCUGGGAAGACGUGCUGCUCCCGCACGUCCUGAUCCGGGUGCCGCUGCGCCAGCUGCUCCGGCUGCAGCGCGUUAGCCGGGCCUUCCGGGCACUGGUGCAGCUGCACCUGGCCGGGCUGCGGCGCUUCGACGCCGCUCAGGUGGGUCCGCAAAUCCCGCGGGCUGCACUGGCCCGGCUACUGCGGGACGCCGAGGGGCUGCAGGAGUUGGCGCUGGCUCCGUGUCACGAAUGGCUGUCGGACGAGGACCUGGUGCCGGUGCUGGCACGGAAUCCUCAGCUACGGAGCGUGGCGCUGGCCGGCUGCGGGCAACUGAGCCGCCGAGCGCUGGGGGCGCUGGCCGAGGGCUGUCCCCGCCUGCAGCGCCUUUCACUCGCACACUGUGACUGGGUGGACGGGCUGGCCUUGCGUGGCCUCGCCGACCGCUGCCCGGCCCUGGAGGAGCUGGACCUCACAGCCUGCCGUCAGCUCAAGGACGAGGCCAUCGUGUACCUGGCUCAGAGGCGAGGCGCAGGCCUCCGCAGCCUCUCGUUGGCGGUCAACGCCAACGUGGGGGACGCCGCGGUCCAGGAGUUGGCUCGGCACUGCCCUCAGCUCGAGCAUCUCGACCUCACAGGCUGCCUCCGCGUGGGAAGUGACGGUGUCAGGACGUUGGCCGAGUACUGCCCGGCGCUGCGCUCGCUGCGGGUGCGGCACUGCCACCAUGUGGCCGAGCCGAGCCUGAGCCGCUUGCGGAAGCGCGGAGUGGACAUCGACGUGGAGCUACCGCUGCACCAGGCCCUAGUGCUGCUCCAGGACAUGGCGGGCUUUGCACCCUUUGUCAACCUACAGGUCUGACUGACCCUCCUGCCGGUGGGAGCACAGCUGGACUGUGUGGCUGAAGCCUGACAAUGAGCAGUAGGGAAAAUGAACUCUGGGGACCUCUGGUGAGAGUCCUGUGCCCCGCCCCAACCUGGAACUUCAAAUAAAGAGCUUUUUAACCCCC